AUGGCUCCCCUCAUUCGCCCCCGGAUUUGGACGUUCUUGCUCUGCGCGCUUACCUGCCUACCCCUCUCAUCUGCUCUGAGCGCGCGAUACCUCGCGUGCCAGCUUCAAAAGUCAGACGGCACCAGCGCGUUGACUGGCUGCCCGGACGGUACCCUCUAUGUCUCUGCCGCAGACCCGGAAGCCGACUUCACCACCGUUCAAGACGCGGUGCUAUCUCUAGACGAAGAUAGUAGCGUUACUAUUCUUAUCGGCGCUGGAGAGUACCACGAGACUGUCAAUGUUACUCGGACCGGGCCUUUGACUCUUCUGGGCCAGCUGGAUCCAAACGCGACCGAGCCGACCUUCAAUGCGACGAGCCGAAACCUCGUUCAUAUCUGGAAUGAUCUAUACGUCCAGACUGGCAUGGAUGAUGCGGACAGCGCGGUCCUGCUUAUCGCGCCGUCCUACAACGCUUCUUUAAUUGGCGCGGGCACGAAUGGGGCCCCUCUGCAAUCAUUGUUCGGCAACGUCGAUUUCAAGGCGUACAAUAUCGACUUUGAGAACAGAGCGGCAGAUUAUGCAAUCAGCCAGGCUUUAGUCACAGACAUUUCGUAUGCCAACGCGUCGUUCUACGGUUGCGCAUUUGCAAGCUAUCAGGACACUUGGUACACCGGCCGCAACGGCUCGACCUACGUUGUGGACAGCAUCAUUUAUGGCCAAACAGACUACUUGUUCGGGUUUGGCACUGCGUGGUUUGAGAACGUGACGCUAGCGAAUCGGGCGUGUGGCGGUGGAAUUGUAGCAUGGAAGGGAAGUGACGACUCGAUUGCACCUGGCAAUCGCUACGGUGCAUACAUCUCAAAGUCAGAGAUCAUUCGUUCACCCGAUGCGAAUGCGACGACCGUCACCGAUCACUCAUGCUGGCUGGGUCGCCCUUGGAACGAUCUCGCCACUACCGUCUACCUGCGCACUUACAUGGAUGACUCGGUACAGCCUGCUGGAUUCGAACCUUGGGGGAGCACUCGGCCCGUCAUCGCCAACACCACGUUCUAUGCCGAGUUCGAUUCGACGGGUCCAGGUGCAAACCUCAGCGCGCGUGUUACAGACGAGCACAUUCUCGACGACGACGAUGCCUCGAACCUCACGAUCGCGCACGUCUUCUUCGGCACACCCUCUUGGAUUGACUUUGAGUACUCCUCAUCUUAA